UCCGGGAGCCAGGAUUUGUGAGCGGCGCGCAAUGCUGGCAUCGCUGGCGAGGGUCGCGGCUCUGCGGAGAACCUGCCUUUUCUCCCGCCGGGGCGGCGGGACGGGGCUAUGGACCGGCCGCCCGCAGUCAGAUACUGACAAUGUGAAGCCAUUGGAGGGUGUAAAGAUUCUGGAUCUAACGAGAGUACUGGCGGGACCUUUUGCUACUAUGAAUUUAGGAGAUCUUGGAGCAGAAGUUAUAAAAGUGGAAAGACCAGGAGCUGGUGAUGAUACACGAACUUGGGGUCCACCUUUUGUGGGGACAGAAAGUACUUAUUUUCUCAGUGUUAACCGAAAUAAAAAAAGUAUAGCUGUUAAUAUCAAGGAUCCAAAAGGGGUGAAAAUCGUCAAAGAGCUUGCAGCUGUUUGUGAUGUGUUUGUAGAGAACUACGUCCCUGGCAAGCUGUCUGCGAUGGGGCUGGGCUAUGAAGAUAUAGACGAGAUUGCACCUCACAUUGUCUACUGUUCCAUCACAGGGUAUGGGCAGACAGGUCCGCUGUCUCACCGAGCUGGUUACGAUGCUGUUGCCUCUGCUGUUUCUGGUCUAAUGCAUAUCACAGGACCUGAGGAUGGAGAUCCAGUUCGUCCAGGAGUGGCCAUGACUGAUCUUGCCACUGGCCUUUAUGCGUAUGGAGCCAUUAUGACUGGAUUGAUACAAAGAUAUAAAACCGGAAAAGGACUGUUCAUUGAUUGUAACCUGCUGUCAUCCCAGGUGGCGUGUUUGACCCAGGUAGCUGCUAAUUAUCUUAUUGGCCGAAAGGAAGCAAAAAGGUGGGGCACAGCUCAUGGCAGUAUUGUUCCUUACCAGGCUUUUAAAACCAAGGAUGGAUAUCUUGUAGUUGGAGCAGGAAAUAACCAACAGUUUGCAGCUGUGUGCAAGAUCUUGAAUUUGCCUGAACUGAUCAAUGAUUCCAAGUAUAGAACUAACCACCAUCGGGUACAGAAUAGAAAAGAACUUAUUGAAAUAUUAUCAACACGGUUUAAAGAAGAAAUGACCAGCAAGUGGUUACAGCUCUUUGAAGGAAGUGGAGUCCCGUAUGGCCCGAUUAACAACAUGAAGAAUGUGUUUGCAGAACCUCAGGUGUUACACAAUGACCUCAUUAUGGAGAUGAAGCAUCCAACUGUGGGGAAGAUAUCAGUCCCAGGCCCAGCUGUGAGAUACAGUAAGUUCAAGAUGUCAGAGGCCAGGCCGCCUCCCCUUCUCGGGCAGCACACGACGCACAUCCUGAAGGAGGUCCUCCGAUACGAUGACAGGGCCAUCAGGGAGCUGCUCAGCACCGGAGUGGUGACCCAACAUGAGGCUGAGUGACAAAGGAAAAAUGCUUUUCUGCAAAGCCACAUCUGAAUACAUUUUGCUAGCGAAGACAAAACAGCCUUUCUGGACCCUUCUUCCCAAAUCUGGUGCCUGCCACUGAAGAGUUAGAGGAAUUCCAGAUUUCCUGCCUGGCGUCUCCAGAAUGGCUCUGGUAUCAGUGAAUCUAGUGCUUUCUAAAUGUACCCCACCUUUCAUUCCUCACUGUUUUCCCGCAGAUAAUAGAUUAAUAGCAGAUUUUUUUUUUUGGUGAAGAUUUUUUUUUUCUGGAAAAAUGCAUUCCUCAUUCUAAUUACAUUAAUAGCCUAAACGUUUGCCCCUCCAGCCCACGCAGGUCUGAAAAAGAGCAGAUCUCUUGAUGUUCUUUACUUGCACAUAAAGUCCUCAUUUAAACCUUUGUUAGGAAGUCAAAGCAAUAAGCAGAAUGACAGUCUCAGUGAUUGAUUUUAAACAGAAUAACUUAAUUUGAGCUCAUGAACC